AUCGAUCAUGGCAGACAAAGAGGAGUUAAAGAUCAGAUUGAAGAAACUGCUGGUAAGAUUGAACCUACAGGAAGGGAAGCAGUUGGGCACCAUGGUCCAGAUCAUACAGGACCUUCUGUUCCUGUCCCAUACAGAUCACUGCGUUGACUUGUUUGCGGAUAAGAAUGUCCAUGUGUCUCUGAUGCUGGUGCUGUCAUCUCAUUUCAACAGCAAAGUUCAGCAGGUUGGGUGGUCUUUGCUGUGUCGUCUGAUGGAGAUCUGUCCCUCCACUCUGGACAGACUGGCAACCCCAGCAGACCUUAAUUUAAUAGGAGUGCAUCAGCAUAUUCUGAAGGUGCUGUGCAUGUUUCAUAAAGACGCCAAAAUGAUGAUGGUGGGUCUCAGAGCUCUGACUCUGUUGCUUCAGUCAGAUGAGAUUGCGACGCAGGUCUUGGAUGAGGAAGAAAUAGACGUGUUUUUCCAGGUUUUGAGGCCAAUGAGAUUGUUCAGUGACAGUGAGGAGGUUCAGUUGCAGGGAUGUUCGGCUCUACAACUACUGCUGCAGAGAGUUUCAGAGGAUCAUCUGAUUGAGUUCAUCGAGAAGAAGGAUCAUGAGGUGGUUCUGAACGCUCUCAGCAGGUUUAUGGACAGUGAGAAUGUGGUUUUGCGAGCUUUAAGGGUCCUCAUACCGUUGGCUGCUCCAGCAAGCAAUGUUGAGAUGCUGAUGUCCAAAACGGUUAAAUGCUACACUCUGAUGUGUCGGGCCAUGGAGGCGUGGCUGGACUCUGAGGCCAUACAGGAGACCGGAUGCUGUUUGUUACGAAAACUUACAUCAGAAAGUUACUAUAACAUCUUGGUGCUGAAUGGUGUCCACAAAGUGGCUGUGAAAGCUUGUGUCUCUUACCCUGAGAAUGCAACCGUUCAGACUGCUGCUCUCUCUUGUCUGAGUAUGCUCGCAGAGUCUAUUGUACAGAAUGAAGGUCUGGACAGAGAGGGCAGUGAGGAGGAUGGGGUGGAACAGGAAAUGGCCGUUAGGGAAGAAGUCACACAUGGGGAGGAAAGCCUUAUAUGGACAGAAGCCUGUUAUACGGCUUUGGAGCGACACGCUGAUAAUGCCACAGUACAGGAGGCUGCUUGUUGGGCCGUAAACAGCCUGCUGCUCCAUUGCAAUGCUUCCCAAUACAUGGAACUGGAAGGAAGGCCUCCUCUUCAUACUCUCAUUAUGGCUUCAAUGCUCUUUCAUUCGUCCUGUGUGCCGAUGUUUCAAGCUGCUUCCUGUACACUGCGCACACUUAUACAACUCAACAGCAGGAUGAGAGCCCUCUUGUUGUCUCACGGCAUUCAUUUCAACAUUGUCAGUCUGAUGAAAAAACACUCAAACUCCAGCGACGUGUGUGAAAGCGCCUGCAAACUGCUUCACACCCUCUUCCAGAGAGCGAGGGCCGGUCUGGAUGAAGGUGCUCUGGUUCUCGGUCAGAUUCUAAUCGCUCUGAAGACGCACAACUUCCUUCCUGAAGUUCAGCUGGAGGGUCUCAGAGCGAGUCUUGUUCUUCUCAACCCAGACAGGAGUUUAAGGGAACAUGGCAUCUCAGUGGCGGAUCCCGACAUGGUGGAUGUGUCGCUGCGGGUGCUGAAGAACCAGUGUGUACUAGAGGGAGCUCACACUGUAUAUCUAAUGGGACUUAAUAGGUUUAUUAGUAGUGAGGAGAUUCAGGAGUGCGGACUUGGUGUUCUCACCACUUUAGCUGACUGUUCAGGAGCCGUUGACCUGAUGUGCCAGCAGGGGGCGAUAGAUACAGUUCUUCACACACUGCAGAUGUUCCCACUGAAGCGUGAUAUUCACUACUGGGGUCUUAGCCUCUUGUUUCACCUCAUCUCUAAGAAGAAGCUUUCUCGUAUGAUGGUGCCGGUACUGGCCUCUGUUGUGGUCAACUCUGUACGAAAACACAAAGAAGACACGGCCAUGCUCCUCAAGGGAUUUCAGGUGGUGUGGAAGCUGUUGGACACCUGCUCGAGUGCGGCGGCAGAGCUGCAGAAGGAGGGGUUCGAGAAGGAGAUUUUUCAGAUCUUGAGGGAGAGCACGACAGACCAGCGCAGAGAUCCCUUACAGGCAAUGAGUUGCCUGUGUCUGCUGAAGAUGGUGGCAGACGGUGAGAUCAUGUACAUGCUUCUGGAAAGGGCGUGUGAGGAGGGAGAUGUGGUCAUGACCGAGUGUCUCAUACAGCUGGGUGCUGACAUCAACAAGAAAACAAAGACGGAUUCUCUCAUAAAUCAGGUCUGUGAUCGGGGAGCUCCGCUGGCUCUGCUGGAGCUGCUGGUUUCCGCAGGCGUUCAUGAACAGCAGCUGCGUGGGGCUCUGGCUCUAUGCGUCAGGAGAGGAGACGACCCCGCCGUCACCCUUCUCCUCAGCCGUCUGGGGCUGGACCACACUAACAGCGCCCUCUGCCUCGGGAGCUUCCAUCUGGGGCGGAUGAAGGCGAGCUGGCUCAGCGCUCUGCUGUCUGAACGUAAGAGCAUCCUUUCAGUCAACGGCAGGAACGGUAAAGGUCAGGCUUUGGCCAGACAGAUUUUGUUACUCCAGAGGAAGAAAGGGUUUGUGGGAGUUACCAGACACCCCAGUGAUGUCAGCACAUCAGGAUAUUACACUGACGAGGAAAGUGACGACUCCUACAUGUCUUUAGAUGACAGCUUUGCCAUUAUGUUGGAUGACAUGGAGAGUGAUGGGAGUGACGGACCUCCAAAUGGAUCGUUGAUUUAUAGUGAUUCACCAGAGCUGAGCAGAAAAGCUUCUUGGAGACGACACAGUGGACGUAAACGUGCCAGUUUAGAGGGAUGCCACGGAGACUCUGAUCCAAGCGCCUCUUUGAGGUUUGGCUGGAACUCUCACAACACGCGAGGGCCGAUUGACAGCCCAUCUCCUUCUGGUGUUCCUCUGGGCUAUGAUAAGGAACCCAUCCGUCUGCUGGAUCUAUCAGGGAACGAGUUGGACAAUCUGUCUUGCUUGAUGGAUGAGAGCUCUGUCAAACAGCAAAUCGAGAACCUCUUUCGACUCGAUUUGAGUAGCAACAACCUGUCAGAGUUUCCCAGCUCUCUUUGUCAGAGUUUAAGAAGUUUGACCCGACUUGAUCUCCAGUGUAACAAAUUGCAAUCACUUACUGCCGAACUUCUCGCUCUUCCCGCUCUGAGCAUGCUCAAUGUAUCCCGCAAUCUCAUUGGUCCUCUUCUGCUACUGGACCCAACUGUGCAAUGUCCAACCCUACGCCAAUUGAACCUGUCAUUCAAUCUGAUCACAGUCUUCCCUUUCCAACUGGGUCAGGCCAUGAAUAAACUAGAGGAGCUCUCACUGGAAGGGAAUCAAAUAUCAGAACUGUCUCUACCUCUCUCUCUGACUGAACUGAAAGUUUUAGACGUCAGUAAAAAUAAAGUUACAGUGGUUUCAGAAGAUUUCCUCGCAGAAUGUCUCAAGAUGGAGUCUUUUAAUGCUUCAGUGAACCAAAUCAGUUUGUUGUUGCACCUUCCUUCCAAAAUAACUACAAUUAAACUUGCCCAGAACAGUUUUACAAGCAUUCCUGAAGUCAUUACCAGCCUACAAUCUUUGCGUUCAGUGGACAUGAGAAAUAACAGCAUCAGGGUUCUGUCUGGUCCGGCUGUUUGGGCCAGUGCGAAUCUGAGAGAGCUGAUGUUCAGUCAAAAUCACAUCUCUGUUUUGGACCUCAGCGGCCCCGUCUACAAAUGGGCCCGACUGGAGAAACUCCAUCUGAGCACCAACAGAAUCACUGAGAUUCCUCCUCAGAUCGGUCUCCUGGAGGACCUUACGUCUCUGGAUGUGAGUCAGAAUAAAGGUUUGCGCACUUUUCCGGAUGAGAUGGGAAAACUAGUGCGUUUGUGGGAUCUGCCGCUGGACGGCCUGCAGCUCCAGAUGGACCUCAAACACAUCGGCAGCAAAACCAAAGACAUUAUCAGGUUCCUUCAGCAGCGUCUGAAGAAGGCCGUGCCAUAUUACCGCAUGAAGCUGAUGGUGGUUGGCACCCCCUGCAGUGGGAAAACCUCUCUGAUCCAGCAGCUCAUGAGACUCAAACGCUCUCAGUGGAAGUCCCAUCCACAAACGGGGGGCAUCAGCGUCAGUGACUGGACCAUGAGAAACAAAGACAGGAGGAACAUGCUGCUGAACGUGUGGGAGUUCUCAGGUGGUGAGGAGUGCAGCGGAUGUCACCCUCAUUUCAUGAGCUCUAGAGCUUUGUAUCUGGUGCUGUAUGACCUCAGUAAAGGACCGAGUGAGAUAGAUGUCCUCAAACCCUGGCUCUUUAACAUUAAAGCGGAAGCCGGUGGGUCUCCUGUGAUUGUAGUCGGUACUCAUGCAGAUGUUUGCGAAGAGCGCCACCUGCAGGACUGUGUGUCAAAGCUGCGUGAGGAGCUGCUGUCUCAGCCGGGUUUUCCAGUGAUAAGAGAGAAUCACAUGCUGUGCGCCUGUGAAGAGUCUGAGUCUAUCAGAAGAUUACGCAAAGCCAUCUACAAAGAGCUCAUUGGAUUUAAGAUCCAGGGUCAGCCGGUGAUGGGUCAGUUGAUUCCAGACUGUUAUGUGGAGUUGGAGAGGAGAGUUUUGCAGGAGAGGACUCGAGUCCCGGCUGAAUUCCCGGUGCUCAGACAUAGCCGACUGCUGGAGCUCAUACAGGAGACGCAACUGCAACUGGAGGAGGGAGAGCUACCACACGCUGUCCACUUCUCAACGGUCAGACACUGAACUCUUUUGUCUCCAGGUGUUCUUCUGCACUUUGACGAUCCAGCGUUGCAGUUAAAGGACUUGUACUUUAUUGACCCACAAUGGCUUUGCAACAUUAUCUCACAGACGCUUACCCUGAAGAGCUCGGGUCAUUGGGAGGGCACUAGAGGUGUGGUUCAGCGCUCCACCCUGGUUAAGUUUCUAGACGAAAGCCGAUGUUUCCCUCGCGCCCACCUCUCUCACUACUUCAAACUGCUGGAGAAGUUCCAGAUCGCACUGCCCUUCGGAGACGAUCACUUACUUGUACAUAGCAGCCUCUCAGAUCACAGGCCAGUGAUCGAACUUCCUCACUGUGAGAAGUCAGAGGUCAUCGUUCGUCUUUAUGAGAUGCCAUACUUUCCCAUGGGUUACUGGUCAAGACAGAUCACACAUCUGCUGGAGGUGUCCUCAUUCAUGCUCUAUGGAAGAGAAAAAGCAUUGAGGCCAAAUCGGAUCUACUGGAGGACGGGCAUCUAUCUGAGCUGGUCAGCUGAGGCUUACUGUCUUGUGGAGGCCUCGUCGCUGAAGGAUAACCCGGCUAGCUUUAUUAAGAUCACUGUCCCCUGCUCUCGCAAAGGUUGUGUGUUGCUGGGACAGGUGGUGGAUCACAUUGAUUCUCUAUUGGAGGAGUGGUAUCCUGGUCUCCUCGCCACCGAUGUUCUCGGUGCUGGAGAAACGCUGCUGAAGAAAUGGGCUCUGUACAGCUUUAGUGAUGGAGAAAGCUACCGGAAGAUCCUGCUGGAAGAUCUACUGUCCAGUAUUGAUACAGAUGGUUUGCUAGUGAACCCAGAUGACCCCAGUUGUACUGUGCCCAUAUCUCAGAUCUCUCCAGAUCUGGUACUGAGUGAUCAGCCUUCCAGCAUCAUACUGGACCCAGAAGAGCUGGAGAUGGAGCUCUCUGCAGAGUAUCUGCUGGGUGAUGGAGGUUUUGGGUCGGUAUAUAAAGCUGUGUACAAGAAUGAAGAGGUUGCUGUGAAGAUUUUUAACAAACAUGCCUCUGCACUUUAUGUUCACCGGCUGGUACGACAGGAACUGACAGUGCUCGGGAGAAUGCGUCACCCAAGUCUGGUCGGGCUGUGGGCCACCGGGUGUAACCCCUAUAUUCUGGUGAUGGAACUGGCACCAUGUGGAUCUCUGGACUCGCUGUUCGAGCGUGAAAACGGCAGCCUUAUCCGCAAACUCCAGCAAAGGAUAGCACUGCAUGUGGCAGAUGGUCUUAGAUAUUUGCACUCCUCCAUGAUUAUCUACCGGGAUCUGAAGCCGCACAACAUUCUCCUGUUUAACCUGAAGACAGACUGCGAGGUCAUCGCAAAGAUCACCGAUUAUGGCAUAGCACAGUACUGUUGCAGCAUGGGUGUCCGCGGCUCGGAAGGAACACCAGGCUUCAGAGCACCUGAAGUGGCUCGAGGAAACGUCAUCUAUAACGUCCAGGGAGAUGUGUACUCGUUUGGUCUGCUAAUGUACGAUCUCUUGACUCACGGCGAGCGGAUAUCAGAUGGGAUGAAGUUUCCCAGUGAAUUUGAUGAGGUGGCUGUGCAGGGAAAGCUUCCAGAUCCAGUUAAAUUCUAUGGCUGUUCACCAUGGCCGGGGUUUGAAUGCCUGAUGAGGGAUUGUUUGAGGAAAAAUCCUCAGGACAGACCCACUUCCACUCAGGUGUUCGACCGUCUGAAGUCUGCAGAGAUGUUGUGUCUGCUGCGAGAGCUGACGGUGUUGGAUUUGCCUGGCGAGUGUUUGGCAGUCUCCGGUUCGACCGGGGGUGUUAACAGAGAAAGAGACGCCCUCGUGUGGAUCGGAGGAGGCAGCAGCAGCCAGAAAUUGGGCUGUGUGACAUCACUGGAUCUGGAGACCGGAAAGAGCUUUAGACAAGAGAUUGACCGCAGUCCUGUCCUGUGCCUGGAAUCGGUCCGAGCUCCAGGGUCACAUCAUGACUUGUUGGUCGCUGGUACUCAGUCUGGUUCACUCUUUAUUAUAGACACACAGAGCGCAGAGAUUCUGCACAGUCUGAAGAGUGUGACAGACUCUGUGACAUCACUGUACUUCCACAGUGACCUUCAGCACAGAGGCCUGAAGAGUAACCUGUUAGUGGGGACAGCUGGUGGGACGCUAAUCAUUUAUGAAGAUUCAGUUUUGAAGGUUAAAAAUGGUGCUCCAGUCAAAACGCUGCAGGUUGGUGAUGUGAGCACACCGCUAAUGUGUCUCGGCCCGUCCAGUCACUUUCAGGAGCGCAGAGCUCUGUGGGCCGCCUGUGGUACGAGGGUCAUCUCGCUCACUGUUAAAUACGACAUCUGCAGAAGCAUAAACACCAAACUGGAACAACACAAUCUGCAGCAGGGUCGUAGCAGCAGUGAUGCUUCUAUAAUGCGAUUAGCGGUUGACAAACAUGUGUAUGUGAGUAAAACAAAAAGCCAUAUUGUGGAAGUCUGGGACAAGAAGACUGAGAAGAUGAUGAACCUCAUCGACUGUGCUAAAUUACUCAAACUAAAUUGCACCAGACAGGUUCAGAGUGAAGACACGUGCCGAGAAAUGCAGUCGUCUUUGGCAACGGUUAAAGGUCUGCUGGUUCAGCACAGUGGUACUCUGUGGAUCGGGACCAGAUCAGGAUUCAUUCUGCUGGUGGAGAUCUCGAGCUGUCAGCUGCUCCAGAGCAUCAGCCUGAACUGCCACUCCAUGCGCUGCAUGGAUUCUGUGAUGCUAGAAACACUAAACCGAAAGAAUUGUAUUCUAGUGUUGGGCAGAUCUCAACGUAUGCCAAAUGACCAAAUCAAAACACAAUCAGGUCAGGAUUCGGUGCUGAUGGUAUGGAGCGGUUCACUUCCUCUGGAGGUCAGAGAUCUGAAGCGACACUGUGAGCUUCGAGACAAUAUGACCACUAAAAUGAGAGAGACAAUCCAUGACUGAAUGUCACGUCUGCCUGUGUGUCAUUUUCUGUGAUAUUACCCAAGACAACUGACUUUAUGCUGUUUGACAAAGGGACCUGUGCAAAAUAACAGUGAAUAUAAUCAAGGGAAAAUUUUUUGUUACAUCUCAAAUGUAGCUGUAGAUUGUUGUGUCUAUAUUGAAAAGUGACAUAAUGGGGAACUUGACAAGCCAUAAUGGAAAUGGGAAACACUUCAGUUAGCUUAUUACAUGUAUUCACAAUAGUAAAGCCAUAUGAAACAUGGGAGACUGCCAUGCUUUAAUAAAGCAGAUCUGAGAUCCCUUUAGACAUGCUAACCCCACCAUUUUUAGAUCUCAGGACAAGUAAAAAUGAUUAUUGAAUUUAUUAUUAUUUUAGCUUUUGUCAUCGUAGUAACUAUGCAAUUUUAGCAGAAAUGUUGUCAUAGUUAAUGUUUGGGAGUGACUGGACGGGUUUUAAGCAUGUCAAAUAAGAUGAAUUCAUUGUUGAUUCCAAAGCAGUCCACUAUCUGAUAACUUUAAAGUGACACUAUCACUAUGCAUAAAUAUGCAUACAAGAAAUAUAAGCCAUGGUUAAUAAGCCAUUUAAGAAAUAACUGCUCUACGUUUGAAUUAUUAUUACAAAUCUGUCAAUUUGUCGUGUUAUUUUUUAUUAUGAUGGGAAUGAAAUUAUUAUUUCUGUUGUCAGGUGUAUGCGUUUUUUAGUAAAAUGAAAAAUAUUAA